GUUACAAAGUGACGUGGUGUAACACGAAUUUUCGAGAAGUGUGGGGGGGGAUACCUGUGAUCCCCGUGGGGCGUGCCCUUCUGAGGCUCUUUGAGCGUAGAUUUGACACGCAUCUUUGUCAGACAGGCCUGGGUCUGUGGUGAGAGUUUGUACACUGUGUUUGGUUAUGUUUGCAGAAUGCGUUUUGUCUUGAGACUUUUGUUAUCAACGGAAAUAACAGAAAAAAAAUGUUAUUUUUCCUUGUAGGUUUUGUGAUGCACCUCGGGGUCCCAGUUGGAAUCAGUACAGUGGUCCUAACGCUCAAUAGGUUCUCUUAUUUGUAGUUAUCCUUUAAGGUUAUGUUUGGUCUGUGGUACAUCUGUACGCUGCUGCUGUAUCACCAGUAGGUGGUAGUCCCGUCUAAAAAUGCCUUUUCUUCGCUUGUUAUCCUACUUAAUGAACUUCUAACUGGAAAGUAGGAUUCUUUUGGUGCCUGAACUCUCCUGAUUCUAAAGCCAAGUUGAAGCAAUUGUCUAAAUAUAUUUUUUUGACCAUUAUUUUUACCUGUAGCUAGACAAAGCCAACUAUAAACGCAUUGAUUUAUUCAACGUUAAUAAGUGUGCAAGGUAUUAGUGCUAUUUUGGGAACAGGAUAUGGUCUUUGGCUCCCUAGAGCUUGCAUUCUGGUGGCAAGACAGAAAACAGGCCAUUACAAUCCUGGGAUAAGUGCCAUGAGAAGAGGGGGCGACAUGUGCCGUGGAGAUACCGCCAGAGCCUCUCGACUAGUCUGCGGGAGUUGGGAAAGAUUGCCUGGAAGAAUAAAUAACUCAAAGGCAUAGGCCACCCGAAGAGAAGGGGAAUACUGUUUGUGGCAGAGGGAAUGGCGUAUGUGAAAACCUGAAGUUGAUUAUGGAAGAUUCCCACAAGAGUAACACUUCAGAGGCAGCACCGCAACCUGGUUCAACAGUUCAGGGAGCUCAUAUUUCUCAUAUUGCUCAACAGAUGGCAUUAAGAGGAUCUGCGCCAGUGACAAUUAUACCUCUUCCUGGAGAGCAAGUACAGGUUCAGGGGGUCAUCCAGACAGCUCAGUCUUCUGUAAUUCACCCACCACACGUGCAAACGGUAUCAUCUUUAUCAGAAAGUGAGGAGUCUCAGGACUCAUCAGACAGCAUAGGCUCCUCACAGAAAGCCCACGGGAUUCUAGCACGACGCCCAUCUUACAGAAAAAUUUUGAAAGAUCUAUCUUCUGAAGAUACACGGGGCAGAAAAGGAGACGGAGAAAACCCUGGCGUUUCUGCUGUCACUUCUAUGUCCGUUCCGACUCCCAUCUAUCAAACUAGCAGUGGACAGUACAUUGCCAUUGCCCCAAAUGGAGCCUUACAACUGGCCAGUCCAGGCACAGAUGGAGUACAGGGACUUCAAACAUUAACCAUGACAAAUUCAGGCAGUACUCAGCAAGGUACAACAAUUCUCCAAUAUGCACAGACCUCUGAUGGACAGCAAAUACUUGUGCCCAGCAACCAAGUGGUUGUACAAACUGCAUCAGGAGAUAUGCAGACUUAUCAGAUCCGUACCACACCUUCAGCUACUUCACUACCACAAACUGUGGUGAUGACUUCCCCUGUGACUCUAACAUCUCAGACAACUAAAACAGAUGACCCCCAACUGAAAAGAGAAAUAAGGUUGAUGAAAAACAGAGAAGCUGCUCGAGAAUGUCGCAGAAAGAAGAAAGAAUAUGUAAAAUGCCUGGAAAAUCGAGUUGCAGUCUUGGAAAAUCAAAACAAAACUCUAAUAGAAGAGUUAAAAACUUUGAAGGAUCUUUAUUCCCACAAAAGUGUUUGAUUAAGAAAGAAAUAUUUUUGCAGACUUGCCUAAAAUUAGAUGGAUUUCUUUUUUUCUAGUGGAGUUUUAUAAAUUAAAAGGUCAAAAAUGAAGCUUUUUAUUUAGGCUUUUGCAACUCAAAUAUCUUAUGCAAGAGAUCUGGUGACAGAAGAUAAAGUAGAAAAUGACCUCAAGGAAGUUACUGGCACAACUGGAAAUGCUGUACAAAUUAAACCUACGCAAGAAGCAGGAAAUGAAUUUGCACCAAUUUGAAUUUUCUAAAUAACAAGAAUCCAAAAAUGGCAGAUAAGAUGAAAUUUGGUAAAUUGAUUUUUAAAAUAAAUCAGUUUACCCUGUAGGUUUGCAUUUCUUACUGUUUCCUAAAAUUUACCUUUUUCAGUUGUGUAUGUGUGUGUGUGCGCGCGUGUACGGUUUUUUCUGCCGAUAAAUUCUAAAUUACAAAUAUAAAAGAAAAGCUAAUACCAUAACUAAAUAUAUAAAUUAUGUGUUCUGAUUAUGUAUACUUGUUCUAUUGUCAGAUCUUUUAAAUGGUUUUUUUAAGUUUGUUUUUUGGACUUGAGGGGUUUUGAGACAUGGAUUCACUAUUUUUAGGCUUUGUCCUAAAAGGCAUAUAAGGUACAUGAAUGGAGUGUGGUGAUUUUGUAACAUUUUUUUAUCAGAAUGGAAAGAGAACUUCUGUUUAAAAGUUUGAUACUUUUAAAUAGCUUGUUUUUUGGUUACUCUGGGAAUGGAGAUUUUCUACGAAUAUAUAAUAAAUUGUUUUUUGAUUCUAUAUUCUGUAUGCAGUUCAAUAUACAUUACUUAUGUUGUGCUUUAAUAGAAUGGAAUGUUUACAGGCCCUUGAGAUAUUAGAGUAUUUUUUAAAAACCUUCUGAAGAUGCAUACCAAAGUUUUCCAAGAGGAUUUUAUAAUCAAUUUAAUGUAAGGUUUAUCAGAUUCUAAAAUAGUAUGGUUAUUAAGGCAAUUUUAUGGUAGAGUCUAUUUUGUAAUGUAGUGAAUGGUACAUUUCUAAGAAAAGUGACUGCCAAUAUAUUUUUAUAGCUAAUCUUUAUAAAUUCUAAAGUUGAGUUUUUAAUGAGUAUUUUAAAUGUUUAUAUAGUUUGUUUAGUAAAAAAAAAAUAUUUUGCAUCUCAAAGUAUCAUUUUUAUAUUAUGAGAAGUUUCCAGAUUGGCUAAUAUUUGAAUUGCAAGUUUUGUAUACAGUUUAUCCAAAGCUCAAGAAUGCCCAUCAGUACACCAGUGUUUAAUCUCUGUAUUCCAGUUUGUAUACACUUUGAAAUUGUACUGCAAAAUUGUGCGCUUCUUACACAAUAUGUAUCAUAUUGUUGUCUGUGAAAUUAAAGGAUAUUUGAUAAAA